AUGGGGCUGGAAGAGGCGCGGGAGCUGGAGUGCGCGGCGCUGGGAGCGCUGCUGCGGGAUCCGCGGGAGGCCGAGCGCACGCUGCUGCUGGACUGCCGCCCCUUCCUGGCCUUCUGUCGGCGCCACGUGCGCGCCGCGCGCCCGGUGCCCUGGAACGGCCUGCUGCGCCGCCGCGCCCGCGGGCCCCCCGCCGCCGCCCUCGCCUGCCUGCUGCCCGACCGCGCGCUGCGGGCGCGCCUGGCCCGCGGGGAGCUGGCGCGGGCCGUGGUGCUGGACCAGGCCGGUGCCUCGCUUGCCACGUUGGCACCCGAUUGCCCUGCCCGGGUGCUGCUGGCCGCGCUGCUGCACGAGACCCACGCCGGGCCCACCGCUGUGUGCUUCCUUCGAGGAGGCUUCGAUGCCUUCCAGGCCUGCUGUCCCGACCUGUGCUCCGAGUCCGCCGCCCCAGCGACGCCUCCUCCUGGGGCAGAAAGCAACCGUUCCGACCCCAGGGUUCCCUUCUAUGACCAGGGUGGCCCUGUGGAGAUCUUGCCCUACCUCUUCCUGGGCAGCUGCAGCCACUCCUCCGACCUGCAGGGGCUGCAGGCCUGCGGCAUCACCGCUGUCCUCAACGUCUCCGCCAGCUGCCCCAACCACUUCGAGGGCCUUCUAUGCUAUAAGAGCAUCCCGGUGGAGGACAACCAGAUGGUGGAGAUCAGUGCCUGGUUUCAGGAGGCCAUAGGCUUCAUUGAUUCCGUGAAGAACAGUGGGGGCCGGGUGCUGGUGCACUGCCAGGCGGGCAUCUCCCGCUCUGCCACCAUCUGCCUGGCAUACCUGAUCCAGAGCCACCGUGUGCGGCUGGAUGAGGCCUUCGACUUCGUUAAGCAACGCCGGGGGGUCAUCUCCCCCAAUUUCAGCUUCAUGGGGCAGCUGCUACAGUUUGAGACUCAGGUGCUCUGCCACUGA